CAGGAGAAAAAAAAUAGAAAGGAGAGGAGGAAAAAAGAAAAAAGGCUUGUUAUGGAGUUCGUGUGAAAGAAACACGGAUUUCCACCCUUCUUUACCAGUUAAACCAGUAUCUCUGGAUAGAACACACUCAAGUACUUCAACAGUUUUUACCCCUUGUGGUCCCUGAUGGCUUCGCACAGUGAUACUCUGGUGGUGUUCUUUGGGGCAACAGCUGGUGCAAAUGGGGGUAAACUGGGUUCGGAUGAGAGGGAAAUAAUUCUCUUGGUGUGGCAAAUUGUGGAUCUACAUGAGAAAAAGGUCGGGAAGCUUCAUAGAUGUCUUGUGAAGCCGGACGCGUUGGAGCUGACAGAGCAGUGUAAAGAGGAGACGGGGCUGACGGAGGACGAGCUCGCCAACGCGGAGCCCCUGGACAAAGCCCUGCAACAGUUCCAGCAGACUGUGUCAUCAGAAGUGAAAUGCCUCGGCAGAAACUCUUUCACACUUUGUGUCGACAGUCCCCUCGUCAUCCGACAGGCCCUCCACCCCGAGGCUUCCAAAAAGAAUCUUGUCCUUCUUGAAUGUUUCUUUUCAUUUGUGGAUCUGAAGAAGGAGUUUCAAAAAUGCUGCCCCAAUGCCAGCCCUUUGCAGAAGCUCACAUUCGCCUCCAUGUUGGAAUAUGUUGGUCUUCCUGCUGUGUCAGAGGAGUCGAUGGGGGUGAAGGAGGUGAGCAGCAUGGUGCAGCUGACCCUCCACAUCCUGGCUGAGCCCUACAAUCACAAGUUCUCCUGUGUUGAAACAGUGAAGUACAAGUUUGAUUCUGGCACAUGCAGCAAGACGGAGCCGGUGGACAGUGAGACAGUGAUCAGAGCACGAGGGCUCCCAUGGCAGUCCUCAGACCAAGACAUCGCUCGCUUCUUUAAAGGCCUCAGUAUUGCCAAGGGUGGCGUGGCCCUGUGUCUUAACGCUCAAGGCAGGAGGAACGGUGAGGCCUUAGUGCGUUUCAUCAACUCAGAACACAGGGACCUGGCCCUGGAGCGCCACAAGCACCACAUGGGCAGCCGCUACAUCGAGGUCUACAAGGCCACAGGAGAGGAAUUCCUCAAGAUUGCUGGAGGUACGUCUAACGAGGUGGCCCAGUUCCUGUCCAAAGAGAACCAGGUGAUUAUCCGGAUGCGGGGGUUGCCAUUCACCGCCACACCCCAGGAAGUGCUGUCCUUCCUUGGACCUGAGAGUCCAGUUACGGACGAUGCUGAGGGUCUGCUCUUUGUCAAGUACCCUGAUGGACGGCCCACUGGAGAUGCCUUUGUCCUCUUCUCUUGUGAAGAGUACGCCCAGAACGCCCUGAAGAGGCACAAGCAGAUCCUGGGGAAGCGGUACAUCGAGCUGUUUCGGAGUACUGCAGCUGAGGUGCAACAGGUCCUGAACCGCUACAUGUCUGCACCUCUGAUCUCCACACUGCCCCCUUCACCCAUCAUGCCUGUCCCCGUCCUCGCCACACCUCCCUACCUUCCGGCGGCCAGCAGCACCCGCGACUGUGUCCGCCUCCGUGGCCUGCCCUACACUGCCGGCAUUGAAGAUAUCCUGGAGUUCAUGGGAGAACACACCGUUGACAUCAAACCCCAUGGAGUCCACAUGGUCCUCAACCAACAGGGUCGGCCCUCUGGUGAUGCUUUCAUCCAAAUGAAGUCCCCUGACAAGUCGUUUAUGGUGGCCCAGAAGUGCCAUAAAAAGACCAUGAAGGACCGAUACGUGGAGGUGUUCCAGUGCUCCACAGAGGAGAUGAGCAUUGUGCUGAUGGGAGGAACCCUAAACCGCAGCGGCCUCUCUCCUCCACCCUGCAAGCUUCCCUGUCUAUCUCCCCCCACGGCCUAUGCGGCCUUCCCCACCCCGCCGUCCAUGCUCUCUGAGGCCCUCUACCAGCCCCCCCUGCUGGCUGCUCCCAGACCACAUCAGACCGUCACACAUGGCCCUCCUCACACUCUGGCCUACUACCCCCCUCAGCCACACAUGUAUAUGAAUAUGAACAUGAACUACACCGCUUACUACCCCAGCCCCCCGGUUUCUCCUUCCACAGUUAGCUACUUUGCAGCCCCACCGGGAGCAAUGGCAGCAGCAGUCGCAGCCCAAUCCCAUUCUGCUGCAGCCGGCGCCUCUUCUGUGCUGCCUCAACCCGGCGCACUGGUCAGGAUGCAGGGCCUGCCCUACAACACUGGAGUCAAGGACAUUCUCAGCUUCUUCCAGGGAUACCAGCUCCAGCCAGACGCCGUCCUCAUCUUGUACAACUUCAGCGGCCAGUGCAGCGGCGAGGCCUUGAUCACCUUCCACAGUGAGGAAAUCGCCAGGCGGGCCGUAGCCGAGCGCUCCAACCACCCCUUCUACGGCCAGCAGGUCCACUUGGUCCUAUGUAACUGACCACUAGCCCUUCAUCUCUCUCCCUAUCCUCCCGUAAUUUAGGCUCGCAUUGAAGUGCACUCUCGUCGAAGGUGCCUCCAACAGCUUUUCCAGUUGAUCCCAGUGCCACUAAAAACGGCUGUUGAGCCUCUCCCUUUCCCAUGAUCUGCGAUUAUUAACAAAAAACUGACACUGCUGGCUGUGACACUCCUGAAGCUACUGUUUGAGUUUGGACAUCCACUGGAGAAGCAGCUGAAGUCAGUAAAGCCUAAUGUUGGGUUAAUGACUUUGUGGAUGUCACGCACAGCAUUUCUGUGUAUUUGUGCCUACUGUAAUAGAUGGUUAGACGGUGUAGAGCCUGGACAAAUAUGCAUGUAUAUUUAAAUGCUUUAUCUGUGUCCCCAAAUACGACUGUACAGAUGUUCAUCCUGAAAUGCUUGAGGCUGUACAAAUCACUUCUGCCCACAAUUUUUUUUUUUUUUCUGUAUGUUUCAAAAUUUUCACUCUUAACCACUACACGAUUUUGACUUUUCAGAAUUUAUGAUCCUUUCGUGUUAGCUUUAUGCAAACACAGAUGAGUGUAUGUGCAUGCACACUGUUUAUUGAGUUGAUGGCCUCCAACUGUGUAGUGGUGCCAUUAAAAAGAGAGAAAGAAGCCAUAAAGACUGACUGUACUUCUCAACUGUCAUGGAUUCAUUUGAACUAACCUUGAGCUGCAGCAACUGUUGAUUAAAACUACAGCAACACCACAGAUGUGCCAGUGUACCAUCUAAUUUGUAACUGUAUUUUUUCUGUAAAAAAGCCUUUGUGUGUGACAUACAGUAUGUCAUCCCAUUUAGAUAUUUUCAAAGCACUACAGAUUUAUUUGGACGAAAGAUUUAAGUGACAGAGAGUCUUUAACAAACUAAUAUGACAAAUUGAUUCUAUUUUUAUUAAUUCCAUUUCCUUCCUUUUUUUCGGAGAUGUUGUCAUGAGAUAUAAGGACAAAGUCAUAUCUUGAAGCCUUUUCUAAAGAUCGACUGCAGCUACUAGAUUUUUUUCAUUUUGGUUUCCGGGGCUACGAUCAGUUUAAAGCUGCUUUAAUUCCUGCUUAUGACCAGAGUACUGUAUAAAAGCUGCACGAGUGUUUCCUGUGACAGGCCUGCUGACAGUUGUCUUAGUUUAUUUCCCCAUUUGCUGUGUCUACAUUACCCAGAGUGCAAUACUGGCCCAAACAAGGCUAGGUCAUCCUCUGGUGGCAGAGGAGAUAUUUGUUUAUUUUUUGCAAGUUUGACACUUGUAUGAAUUUAGAUCUGUGUAUAAGACCAAAAAAUAAAU